AAGUUUUGGCAUCUGUCAUUUAUGUAACUAGUUAAUGUCGAGGUCACAGUAAGUUUUAUUUGGAUUUGAAUGUAUUUUUACUAGUCAUUUAAAUAGUAGUGAUUGCUCUUUUAACACAAUAUUUGUUCUCACUUCUAUUUGCAUGGCAAUUUAAAAAAAAGUUUCUAUCUGUAGAAAGUUAAAGGCAGGGCAUUACUGCAUUAAUAUUUUGGCACUGACAAUACACAAAUGAAGUAAAAUGGGUAUAGGUUGCAGCUCAUUUGCUCAUCUAGAAGACAACGAAUAUUUGAAGCGACUGUCAAGCAACGUUUCCAUUUCGGAAAAUGACCCUUUUUGGAAUCAAUUGUUUUCAUUCACUUUGUCCGCACCACGAGAUAGAAAUGAAGCAAUUUUGCUCGAAGAGGCAACUGAGACUUUUUGCAAGAUGCUAGUUGAUCACAACCAACACACUGGGAAUUUCACAUCUUUAUUGAAAGUUUUUCUUUCCCGUUUUUCCGAACUCAAGUCGUCUGCGGAGUGCGAUGACCAGUUAUUUAUAUGGCAGUCAAGAAAUGCUAUGUUUGUGAUUCAACACUUAUGUAAGUUUUUAGCUGAAAACACAACGGAAAUGAAAAUGAUGGAACAGUUCGGAGCCCGAUCCUUGGUCGAGAGACAAAAAGAUUUAACCUCAGGGUCCGUAUUUGAAGGAACAGAGAAUGUGAAUUACGCUCAUGAGCUGUUAAGUGCAUUAAUGGACAUUAUUAUACAUGUCCCAAUACUCGAUUUCACAUACUCUCUUCAUAUUGAAGCUUUAAACACAAUUCUUGUCUUACUUUCGGUUCAAAUGUUUGUCCCAUCACCAGGGGAUAACGGCCCCAUAUAUCGCAUUUUAAUGACAGGUCAAUGCGCCGCAAAAGCAAACAACUUCAUGCGAGCUUUGCUGCAAAACUUUAUAGAGCAACGACCAUCACCAGAAGCAGGUUCAAGAGAAAAUGGUGGCGGUAGUUUUGUGAUCGGAAUUGCAUCUGCUGUUGCAAGUGGAUUAUGGAGUGCACUGAAACUUGGUGGGAAAAAGGAUAGUGGAGUUUCAAAAGAAUUAACGUCAGAACUUGGACCUCCUACCAUUGGUCGCCAAAGUGCCUUACUUAUUCUUGCUUUGAUAAAUCAUCAGAGUUAUGUUGACCCAACUGGUCAACCAUUCGUAAAUCCAUACAAAGCUGCUUUAUGCUGCUUUCGUCAUGUGCAGGGGCAACUCCAAGGCCCAUCUAAUGGAAAGCAAAAAGGUUCACUUCCAUCAUUUCACAUAAACCUGUCGCGCUUGUAUGGCACUGCCUGCUCAGUUCAGGUUUACGAAUCAAGCACAUUGUUGCUUUAUUCAUUAUUGCAUGGAAACCCAGACGUAAAAGCAUUUGUUUUGUCCAAAACUGAUAUUGACAGUCUUGUGACUCCAAUUUUGCAAAUUUUAUAUUUUGCACCUUCGCAAAAUUCGCAUCACAUUUACAUGGCGCUAAUCAUUCUGUUAAUGUUCACAGAAGAUGACCACUUUAACAAGUAUGUUCAUGACAUUCGUCUUCCAACUGUGCCAUGGUACACAGACCGCAUACUCUCUGAUAUCAGUCUCGGUGACUUGAUAAUUCUUGUCGUUAUCAGAACCAUCCAGUUCAACAUGAGCAGAAUGAGGGAUAGAUAUCUUCACACAAAUUGCUUAGCAGCACUUGCCAACAUGUCUGCACAUUUUCGAUCUUUGCACCCGUAUGCUGCACAAAGAAUUUUUAGUCUUGUCACACUUCUUACGAAAAAGUACAGGAAGCUCACUGAAAAAGUUCUGGCAAUAAUGGCCACAUCUGAUACACCUGGUACUGUGUCAGAUGCAUCUGCAACUUCUUCCGAACAGGCAGAAAUUGACAUGGAGCCGGAAAGAGAUUAUGCUUCAAACCUAAAGGUCCUUGAAGAGGUACUUCGCAUGCUGCUAGAAAUUGUAAAUUCUUGCUUAACAGGAGGUGCAUUGCGCCACAACGCAAACCUGGUCUAUGCUCUUCUGCAAAGGCGUGAAGCAUUUGACCAGCUGCGUCUACACACUGUGUACCAGGAUGUGCUUCAAAACAUCGACACUGUCAUUAACUUUUUCACUGGACGUUUGGAUCAGCUGAACCAGCAGACAAUGACGACAGAUGAAGUGCAUAGCGUCAUCAAAGAUGCAACUGUGCAGCUACCAAGCCAUCGAUUGCAUAAAUUUCCCGAUCUUAAAUUCCGUUACGUGGAAGAGGAUUCACCAGAGGAGUUUUUUGUUCCCUAUGUUUGGUCCUUAAUCUUUAAUAAGAGUGGAUUGUUUUGGAACCCUGGCUGUGUUCAGCUGUUUGCACUGGAAUCCUAAUAUCCAAUCCUACCAAAACUUAGACUUUGACGACCAUUUUAAUUUAAAAAUUUUCUUUAUAAAUUUCACAUCUUGCCUCUGUGCCAGCAGGUGCUAAUAAUGUCAUCUUGCUCAAUGCUUUUAUUUAUCUAAAAAGUCUGUUUUGAUUUCAGAUGUUCAUAUACUACACAUCUAAAAUAUGAAAAUGUUAGAUAUAUGUAAUAUAAUUCGAUUGUAAUGCUGGUCUGUUAUGGCAAUAUGAGCUGUAAAUCCCUAUGUACUACUAUCUACUAUGUAUGCUAAGAAUGUAUAAAUUGCAGACUUAUAACGUGGUGAAAAUAACAGUUAAGCUUGUUAAUAUGGGAUAUAUCCAUCUGUAUAUGGAAUGAAGUUACACCAUAGUAUCUGCACUUAUAUCUGCUUAAUAUUUAACAAGGGUGUUUAACUCAUUAUUUUUACAUCUGUGUCGAAUGAUGGUAAAUUCAUCUGCUUCUCUGGUAGUUUAAAAAUAUAUAAAAUGAAGCGCUUUUCCCCCCAUAUUAUUCCCCCUACAUUUAGAAUAGCAACAUAGUUAUACCAAUGUUAGUUUGUAGUUCAAUGUCAAUUUAAUUGCAUUAAUAAUUUUUUUAUAUUUCACUAGGUGAAUUUUCAUUUCAUCCUUUGUUUCACAUGUAUAUGUCACAAUAAUUUGCAAAAAUGCUUAAAUUUUUCAUCUAAUUCUAAUUAAUUAAAAUUUUUAAUGUGGAUUUAACAAUAUUCCAUUUCCAACUAAGGGUAAAGCAUAUUUUUGAUGGAUUCUUUAUCAAUGCACAAUGUCAAUUUUACACAAGCUACACCAGAACUGAUUCUCAGAUAACCAGAUAACUUCCUAUAUUUUGCUUCUUAAAGUUUUGUAAUGUACCAGCGAACCAUUCAAUUGGAUUAUCACCAAAGUUAUGCUUUAAUCUGAGGAUUAACUUGAGGCUUUUAGUUUACUAAUCCUCACAGAAAUUUAUAACUGGACAAUCAUAUGAAUAAUUCGCUGUGCUGUUCACACACACACAUGUAUGAUACAUACAUAUAUAUGUAUAUUAUAUAUAAAUACGUCUAAUUUUUUAAGGAUUGUUUAAUAAAUUUUGCUUUUAUUUUUUGCUCCACAUUUAA